ACCACUUGUGGGGCUUGCUCUUCAGGCUGAGUGGAGGAAAGCUGAGCUGGGCGGAGCUGGCUGUUGGUAGCUGGCUGUGUGGAUGUAUCAGGAGGUGCCAGGGUGUUGUUGGGUUGAGUGUAGAGCAGAGGGGGUGGGACAGGGACAAGGCAGGGGUUUGGGACACUGGCAGGGAGAGUUUGUGUCUCUGUAUUUGUCUUUGUUGGGACGGAUGAGAGUUGGUCCGUCAGGUGUUGGACUUGUCUGGUGAAGCUCCUUUCUCUAUUCUCAGCAUCCUCCUUCAGUUUGGCUAAUUGAGUACGGAGCAGACUGUCAGAAAGUUGCAGCUGCAUGAGUGAAUGUAACAGUCGGAACAUGGCUGGACUUGAAGUUAGGACAGAUGUCAGCAGGAAGAGAGCCUUGAAGCUAUCAUCUUUCCAGUCUAUGUCCAUGUCUCUAUCUCUCUCUCUCUCUGUCUCUCUCUCUCUCUUUACCUGUAUAUGUAUAAACAGGUACGUCAUUGUAUUGUGUACUGUGUGGUGUUGUAUUUUGUCUUCACUCAUUGAAAUAAAUAGGGUGGACAACAUGUUGGAAACGCCUCCCAGCAUAAUGCAACCCUGUUGAACUGCAGCAUCUGAGUUGACCAUGAAAUCAAAACAACAAAACAAAAUUAUUCAACACACAGUCUGGCUCUAUUCUCAGACCUUAGGCCUAUUCUAGUUAUUAAUGCCUUUUGAUUUGAUUUAUUUAUGGAUCUACAAAAGCGCUGCGAUCCAAGGGAUAAGAUGUUGAAGUGAGUGAAGCAAAACUAUAUUCAACACUAAACAUUAUGUCCAAUAUGGUCCAACAAGAUGUUGAAAGACUGAUAUAAAACAUGCAACGUAAAACCAAUACAGCUAAUGCAAAAGAUUAAAAGAAGAUCAAUAAUUCAGUUACAAUUUCAUUUAUAACCUGACACCUUACCACACAAGCUCUAACCUCUGAAGGUACUGCUGUUUGUUUGUUUUUGUCAACUUCAGCCUCUUCCUCAGUAAAACACCAAAAAAUAAAAAGCCUCUGGCUACAUUAUUUACUGAAGGCAUCUGUUUGUGUGAUGUUCUUGUAGUACUGCAAACCAAUUUCCCCCUGGGAAGAUAAUCAAUCAAUCAAUCAAUGUUGACGAUUAACCAUGGUUACCUGAACACGGAUAUUAUUACGGAGUAUGCUUAUUGAUCAUAUUGUAUGCAGCUUGUGUUGUUACAGCAAACUCCUAACUGUAUGUAGGUACAUAGCAAUAAUUAAUUGAUUAGUUGCCAACUUUUAAAUGAAUAGCCAAAUAGUUUAGAAAGAAAGAAAAAGUAACAAUUCUCUGAUUUGAGCUUCUAAAAUGUGAAUAUUUUCUGGUUUUGUUACUCGUCUAUGAACUGAAUUUGUAAAACAAGACAUCUUGAGGACAUCAUCUUUGGUCUUUGGGAAACGCUGAUCGGCAUUCUUUCCUAUUUUCUGACAUUUUAUUGACCAAAAAACUAGUCGAUUAAUCGAGACAAUUAUCACUAGUUGCAGCCCUAUAUCUGGGUUAUCCAAACAGCCUAUAAUGGCAUAGAGACAGAGCCAGCCUAUAAGAGGAAAUUAGCUCUGCUCUGCAGCUUUUACUUCCUGUAAAACGUGGCCAAACAACAGGGAGGGGAAGUUUUACAGCAGAGCUAAAAAGCCCCGACGAAACCAAACACAAGUGUAAAAAAACAACAUGACGUCUGUGAGCUCAAGUUUAGCUGGAAGAGCUUUCCUUUCCCGUCCUCCGCCCACUCUUUUAGUUACGUUGACGACAGGUGACCCCAGGUGAGCAAGGAGGGCAGAGACGUGUCCAUACAUGGGCGGAGAAUGCGAGCAGGUAGACGCGCUGCGCAGAGUCCCUUCAUGAGACGCGUUAUAACUUCUGUGUACUUACUGUAAGCGGAUCUCUGCGGGGAGCUAAAGCAUUCUACUGCUGCUGAAGGAGACGAGUCGUCCCACCAUGGAAACACACACAAAAACGCAAAGGCCCAACAAUGGCCAGCUGAUUUACGUGCCUCACAAGGAUACAAUGCGUCUGCUGGAGGUGUACGUCAAGCGCAGCCUCAGCCUCAAUGACGGGGCACUGGGGAGUAAGAGGGCAGGGGGGAAAGAAAAGUGGGUGACGAUGCCGAGAAAGAUGAGACGACAUUCCAGCGACCCUUCCUUUCACUUGGCCGAUGAGCCAAACGACGAGGUGAUUGGUACAUUUUCUCCGGUCGAGCCCAUCGCAGACCAGCCUGAGACGCGUCCGGAGGAAUCCGAGAAACCCGUGAAAAAGCCAAAGAAAAACAAGAAGCCCUCACUUUGGAAAAGCUUCCUGGGUAUUUUCUCUCUGAAGGUUAAUGAGGAGAAAGAUGAAGAGCGGGACAGUCCACCGGAGAUACCCAAGUCCCCCUUGGGUAUCUCAGAUGCCUCUGACGCUGUCACCACCUGCCUGCCCACAAUUACAGUCAAUAAACAGAAAAGAAAGUCCAGGAGACAUAAAUCCCUUCGAAGAAGGUUCUCCGAAAGGCGGCAAUCUGUGAAAAAACCUAAAGAUUUCAACCAUGAUGACAUCACUCGAGUUGAAGCCGUCAGCGUGGAACCGACGUACUUUUACUACGAGAAGGUAUCGGAGGAAUUGGAGAAAAUUAUACACGAGGUCCAAGAAAAAGAGGAAGCUGCACCUCUCUCUGAUGAGGAGGUAAUCGACAGGAUCAUUGCUUUGACGAAGGAGGAGGGCGAUGCCAUAGACGACAAGCUGAAAGACAACCCCACCCUGAGCAACUUCUUCAAAGGGAUGUCGUACUCUUCCUUCCAGAAGUUGGCCGACGCGUAUCUGGAGACGGAAGCGUCGCCGACCCACAAUCCUCCCACUGUCCUACUGACGGCACCGGAGCUGGUCAAGUUGGCCUUUACGCUCGACUUUACAGCCAGAAUAGUCGGGCUCUCCAAACAGCACAUAGGUCACAUUACUGGCCUGGGGAACCGUUAUCUACACGACCGAUUUGAAUACCAACAGGCGUGUUCAGAUCAUCCAGGGUCUGACAGUGAUGACUGAGAGGCAACCAUGCGAAAACAAAAAGAAGAAUACACUGCUGCAAGUGAAGCGCUCAACUUUUCUCGGCACCAUAGAUGUGGUUAAGGAUGUGUUGCAACCAUGAAUUUCUCCUUUUAAGAACACAAAUACAACCUAACAAACUCUAAGCUUGUAUUCAUUUGCAAGAUUUUUACUGUUUUGUGAUAGAAAACAGUGUAAUUCUGCUGCAACGGGAUGUUUUCUGAAAAAAAACAAAAAAACAGUUGAAUGGCUUUGGUAGAUUUGAAUGUUUACUUCUCAAAAGCUGAUUUUACAAAUCCACCCUUGAAUUCGAUGGGUUAUUUCCAUUGAUUUGUGGUGAUAAAAACAAGCAAUGCAAUAACCUUCAUUGUAUAUAAGCUAGACUUAUAUAUUUCUAGAAUUGUUAAUGGAAGCUACACUGAAUUGUGACACAAUUGUGUUUGUUGAUAUGAAUGCUGGCGUUCAUAUUGCAUACUCAAAUAAAAUAUGUUUAAUUUAAUGCUCAAAUUUGUUGUUUUUUUCUCAUUAUGAAACAAACUAUACAUCAAUGUCAGGCUUUGUUCAUUGGUAAAUAUUAUCUCCGCCAGGAGAAUCCUGUGAUAACUUGUGUGUGUCCGUGAGCGAGUGUGCACCUCUCUGUCUGUCCAUUCUGCUGCAGCAAGUUGCAUUAAUAUUCUGCAUGCUCAAGAACCUCUCAUGGUUGCGGUGACUCACACCUUCUCGAAACACCUUUUUAUUACCUGUUUUAACCUGCCAUC